UAGCGAAGUCUGAUUUGGAUUGGCUGUGAAAGACAGCCAUAGAUUUCAGAACCAGUGUUCGUGCAGAAACAAAACUGUAACAAGUUGAACCCCUAGCGCACCGAAUUUGACUAGGAAUGAUGUUUUGAUUUCUGGAUUGAGAUACAUAUUAGGUACAGCACCAGAUACAAGUAGUUGUGCAGUCAUCGCCGGAAACCAUGUCUGCAACAAUGGUUCCUUCUCUUUCAAUUCUCCUUGCUACGGCUUCCAUCCUCUCUUUCUUUGCUCUAUUUCCAAGAGCUGCAUCUCGUGACAUUCUACCAUUGGGUUCUUCUCUCACUGUCGAAGCCUACCAAACCAACAUCCUGCAAUCAUCGGAUGGCACUUUCUCCUGUGGCUUCUACAGCGUCUACACCAAUGCCUUCACGUUCUCAAUAUGGUACUCAAAGGCAGCCAACAAGACCAUGGUCUGGAGCGCGAACCCUAACCGUCCUGUCCAUGCCAGGAGGUCCGCUGUAACCUUGCAGAAGGAUGGCAACAUGGUCCUUACAGACUAUGAUAGCACAGUCGUGUGGAAGGCUGAUGGUAACUUCACAAACGUUCGACAUGCUCAGCUGUUGAACACUGGGAAUCUCAUCAUCAAGGACUCGAGUGGCAGCACCCUAUGGCAAAGUUUUGAUUCACCAACAGACACUUUCCUACCAACUCAGCAUAUCACUGCUACUGCAAAGUUAGUCCCUACAACUCAAUCACAUAGUCCUGGUAACUACAUCUUCCGUUUCAGCGAUCUUUCAAUACUAUCACUUAUAUAUGAUGUUCCCAAAGUUUCGGAUAUAUACUGGCCAGACCCUGAUCAAAAUAUCUACCAGGAUGGAAGAAACCAGUAUAAUAGUACUAGGUUGGGAGUCCUUGAUAAUAGUGGGAUGCUUGCAUCGAGUGAUUUUGCUGAUGGUCAACCACUUGUGGCCUCUGAUGCAGGGCCAAACAUUAAGAGACGGCUAACUCUUGACCCUGAUGGUAAUCUCCGUCUGUAUAGCUUGAAUGACUCAGAUGGGUCAUGGUCAGUUUCAAUGCAAGCUAUGUCCCAACCUUGCAAUAUUCAUGGUUCAUGUGGACCUAAUGGAAUCUGCCAUUACUCACCUCAACCUACAUGUUCAUGCCCACCAGGUUAUGUGAUGAGCAACCAAGGUAAUUGGACUGAAGGUUGUACAUCUAUUGUCAACAUAACAUGUGAUCAUCAUGACCAUGAAUCUAUGAAGUUUGUGAAGCUUCCGAAUACGGAUUUUUGGGGGUCUGAUCAGCAGCAUCUUCUGUCAGUUUCUUUUCAGACCUGUAGGAACAUUUGCAUCCAUGACUGCACCUGUAAAGGCUUUCAAUAUCAGGAAGGUACAGGAUCAUGCUAUCCAAAAGCUUAUCUUUUCAGUGGAAGAACUUACCCAACACCUGAUGUACGAACAAUAUAUCUCAAGCUUCCAACAAGCGUGAAUAUUUCAAGUGUCCUUAUUCCUCGUUCCAAUGUGUUUGAUUCUGUGCCACAUCAGCUUGACUGUGCUCAGAUGAACAAAAGCAUCAUAGAACCAUUUCCAGAUGUACAUAAGACCGGUGGAGGAGAAUCAAAGUGGUUUUACUUCUAUGGGUUCAUAGCUGCAUUUUUUGUUGUUGAAACAUCCUUUAUUACAUUUGCAUGGUUCUUUGUUUUAAGAAGGGAGCUUAGGCCAUCAGAAUUAUGGGCAGCUGAGGAAGGUUACAAAGUAAUGACUAGUAAUUUUCGAAGAUAUAGUUACAGAGAACUUGUCAAGGCGACUAGUAAUCUUAAAGUUGAGCUAGGAAGGGGAGGCUCAGGCACAGUGUACAAAGGUGUCCUGGAAGAUGAUAGGCCAGUGGCUGUGAAGAAGCUGGAAAAUAUAAAGCAAGGCAAGGAAGAGUUUCAAGCUGAGCUGAGCAUCAUUGGGAAGAUUAACCACAUGAAUCUUGUGAGGAUAUGGGGUUUUUGUUCAGAAGGAUCUCAUAGGUUGUUGGUUUCUGAAUAUGUUGAGAAUGGAUCACUAGCUAACAUUUUGUUCAAUGAAAAAAACAAUAUUGUGUUGGAUUGGAAGGGAAGGUUCAAUAUCGCAUUAGGUGUUGCGAAAGGACUAGCGUAUCUUCACCAUGAGUGCUUAGAGUGGGUCAUCCAUUGCGAUGUGAAACCUGAGAACAUACUCUUGGACCAAAAUUUUGAGCCUAAGAUCACAGACUUUGGGUUGGCGAAGUUACUAAACAGAAGGGGGUCCAACCAGAAUGUAUCCCAUGUAAGAGGAACACUAGGUUACAUUGCCCCUGAGUGGGUUUCCGGUCUCCCAAUCACAGCAAAAGUAGAUGUAUACAGUUAUGGGGUUGUGAUUCUUGAACUUUUGUCAGGCACUAGAGUUACAGAGUUGGUUGAAGGUUCAGAUGAAGUGUAUAAUAUGCUUAGGAAGCUUGUCAGGAUGCUUGCUGAUAAAUUGCAAGGGGAGGAACAUUCAUGGAUCGACGGGCUUUUGGAUUCAAAAUUGAAUCGUCCAAUCAACUGUGUGCAAGCAAGAACACUAAUCAAAUUGGCAGUUUCCUGCUUGGAGGAAGACAGAGGCAGAAGACCAACUAUGGAAUCCAUAGUCCAGACCCUCCUAUCAGUUGAUGAUUGAACAGCCAAAUUAACCAUAUGCAAGCUACUACAUCGAUUAACUUGGCAAUUUCCUUCUUGGUGGAAGAUACAAGCAAAAUAUCAACUAUGAAACUUAUAGUCCAGGCCGCCCUAUCAUUUGAUAAAGGUAGUAAUAAGUAGUAUAUUUUCAAUAUAGCAUGUAUUUUGAGUGUCUACACUGAUGUACAAUUAUUUCUAGAGACGUGUAUCGUGGUUUGUAAAUAUACAGCAUGUAUUUGAACUUGGAUCUAACAAUAAGCUAGUUACAGUAGUGAGAACUGAAUCAACAACAGUUGUGGAGCACUGGAGCUAAAGUUUGCUUCCUAAUCUAGCUGUUGUGUACACACAAUAGAGAAAAAUCAUGUUCCUCGCAAUGGUUUCAAAUGUCGCGUCAAUACUAAAAUGUGACUUUGCUUU